AUGGCGGCUAAGGUUGCGAGCAGUACUCCAGUGCCCAGCGGGCCGACUGACCCUGAAAAGGCCGCCGCAGAUCUGGCAUCUGGCAUUGACCAAGUAAAGCUUGAAGACGGUAACACCCCGACCACGACACAGCCUCCAAACCAAGCCCAAGAUGUCAAUGAGACCGCCGUUGCAGCAAACGCCACGGUGACAGAACAGCAGCAUGACGAUGGUACCACGCCCGCAGCCCCUGCAGCGAAACCGCCUACCCUGCCACGAACCGCCGCCGACGGGCUGAUCAAGACCCCAUUAGCCGAACCGCUCGAAACCUCACAGCCCUGUCCCAAGCCAGCGCUGACGACAGAACAAGAAGGCAAAUAUGCCGCUCUUUUGAAGAACGUGUCUGGCUGGACCGAGAUCCCAGAGUCCUCAGCGAAAGGAGCGAAGUCUACACCCUUGACCGACUCAGAACGCAUGUUCCUCACUCGGGAAUGCUUGCUCCGCUACUUGAGGGCUACAAACUGGAACGUGGCGCAGUCGGAAACAAGACUGAGGAAUACUUUGAUCUGGCGACGCGAGUACGGAUUGGAGAAGCACACGAAGGAGUACAUCUCGAUUGAAAACGCGACUGGUAAACAGGUGAUCUUGGGGUGGGACAUCCAGGGCCGGACCUGUCAAUACCUGCGACCAUCCAAACAGAAUACCGAGCGGAGCGAUCGGCAGAUCCAGCACCUGGUGUUCAUGCUGGAACGGGCGAUUGACCUGAUGCCAGCAGGGCAAGAGACUCUCGCUCUGCUCAUCAAUUUUGCCGAGACCAAGUCCGGACAGGGCGCAACACUGUCUCAGGGCAAGCAGACUUUGAACAUUUUGCAGAACCACUAUCCUGAAAGACUGGGCCGUGCUCUUGUGACCAAUGUGCCAUUCUACAUCUGGGGCUUCUUCAAGCUGAUCACACCGUUCAUCGACCCAUUGACAAGGGAGAAGAUCAAGUUCAAUGAAGACAUGGGACUACAUGUGCCCCGGGAACAGUUGCUGAAGGAAAGUGGGGGACUCGUCGAGUUCGAGUACGACCACGACGUGUAUUGGCCCGCUCUCAAUGACCUCUGCGAAUGGAAGAGGACAGAGUAUCGGCGCCGAUGGGAGGAAGGGGGCAAGCGAAUUGGUGAAUAUGAAGAAUACCUCAGGGGAGCAGGCGAGAAGUCGCUGGCCGAACGCGAGAAGGACGCACAGCAAUCAUCUGCAUGA